AUGAAAUGGGAUAAAGGUGCAACAGAAGGGAUUGUUGUCGCUGGGGGUAGAGGCCCAGGGAGUGCCCCGAUGCAAUUAUCGUAUCCUCAGGGGCUCUUUGUCGAUACGUUGGGUGCUGUCUAUGUGGCAGACUCUUGUAAUGAUCGAGUGAUGCGUUGGCCUCCAGGAGCAUCACAAGGCACCGUUAUUGCAGGUGGAAAUGGCUCCGGAAAACAAGCAAAUCAGUUGAGCUGGCCCAGGGGUUUGUUCUUCGAUCGUGAUGGCAAUCUCUAUGUCGUUGAUUUGCGAAAUUAUCGUGUUCAACGAUUCUCUAUCGAAUAGACUCCAACCAAUAGAUUAUUUCUUUUGCCUUUUUUUCAAAUAAAUCACGUUGAAUUGAUGAAAAGAAUGGCUAUUCUAUUCCUACGCGAUCAGGAACUACCUUAGUGGCACCGUGGUUAACCGAAGCUCAUGCACGCACGGGGCUGACUCAAAUCAUUCACACGAAAUGUGUCCAAGAGUCUGCUGAAAGUUCAGUCGUGUGGCUGAAUGUAGGUGUGAGGGUGUGGGUAGGUGUGCGGGUGGAUCCUUUCUUCACAUCCCACACCGACAUCUACAUACACAAAAUUCAGACAAAUUCACUCAUUACUGAUAGAAAUUGUAAUUCAAUUUCCAGAGCUGUUAUUUUCUUUGU